AUGGGCAAAGAUGUUAAUAGUAUUAACCAUAUUGAUAUUGAGGCCAUGAGGAUGGGUAAGCAACUUAACAUGGAUCAUAGGGAAUACCUCACCAGAAACAUUUCAGAGGAUGAGAUUACCAAAGCUCUUAAAGGGAUUGGAGACCUCAAAGCUCCAGGUCUGGAUGGUUAUGAAGCCAAAUUUUUCAAGGCCAGCUGGACAACUAUUAAGACUGAUGCGAUAGCAGCUGUUAAGGAAUACUUUGAGACAAGUAAGAUGUACAAAGCCUUCAAUAAUGUUGUAGUAUCCCUGAUUCCAAAAGGCAAUAAUGCUUGUGAGAUUAAAGAUUACAGACCUAUAGUUUUAUGCACCAUGUUUUAUAAGAUCAUCUCCAAGAUCCUGACUGACGGACUAGGAUCUGUUUUACCUAGUGUGAUAAGUCACAAUCAGACAGCUUUUGUGCCAGGCCAGAACAUACAUAACCACAUCAUGCUUGCUACUGAGCUUCUUAAAGGAUACACCAGAAAAGGGGGCACACUUAGAAUUAUGAUGCAAAUAGAUCUACAAAAAGCAUAUGAUAUGGUUAAUUAG